AUGACCGAUGGACCCAUUAUUCGAUGGACGUGCCUGUAUGUAACGCAACAAGGGUUGGAAGACGACACGAGACGAGACGAAAAAAGAUAUCCAGUGGUAACAAGAGGUCCAACACCAAAGAGAAGAAAAAGGCCGUGGCUGGAAUCGACGCCGCUGUCCUCCGCUCGCCCCACGUCUCGUGGUGUUGGUGUUGGCAACAUCAGUCCCACCCAAAGUCGAAAGAAGGCGAGAAGUGCAGUCGGCAUCUCAUCAUGGGUGUGCCGAUGCGCGAUUUCCCAGGAUGUUUUUGCGAGGAUGCUUGAACAGACGAACGAGGCCCCGUCGGAAGACUGA